AUGGCAGGCGACAAGCCCUGGCCGCAGGUGCCGGUGGGCAACAAAGAGUACAACUCCGCCGGCGUGGUCAUCAUCGGCGCUGGCAUAUCUGGUCUCUGCACAGCCAUCGACCUCCUCACGCGCAACCGCUGCCAGAACUUCAUCAUCCUCGAGAAAUCCGCCGGGCUGGGCGGGACCUGGCGAGACAACAAAUACCCCGGCUGCUGCUGCGACGUGUGGUCGCACCUCUACUCCUACUCGUUCGAGCAGAACCCGGCCUGGACGCGCGAGUAUCCCGGCCAGGAGGAGAUCCUGGAGUAUUUGCUGGGGGUGGCGCACAAGUAUGAGUUGUAUCGGUAUAUCAGGUUUAACUCGGCGGUGGAGGAGGCGAGGUGGGAUGAAAUCGAGAACAAGUGGAAGGUCGACGUCGAAGUGCAGGGCGGCAAGGACGCCGAGUUUGGCUCCCACUACACCAUCACGUCGGAUUUCCUUGUGUCGGCCGUGGGCCAGCUGAACGUGCCGCGCCUGCCGGACAUUGAGGGCCUGGAGAGUUUCAAGGGCAAGAUCAUGCAUUCGGCGCGCUGGGACUGGAGUUAUGAUCUCACUGGCAAGAAGGCCGCUAUCAUCGGCAACGGCGCCACGGCGGCGCAGAUCAUCCCCGAAAUCGCCCCCACGCUCGGCCACCUGACCAUCCACCAACGCACCGCCAACUGGGUGAUCCCACGCCUGGACGCGGCCAUCCCAUCCUGGAAACGGUCGCUGUACCGCUACCUCCCCUACGUGCGCCACCGCAAGCGCGCCGACAUGAUGGACUACCGCGAAGCCUUCUACGACGCCGUCACGGACAACUCGUCGGCGUUUGCGCAGAUGCUCGAGGACGCGCACCGGCAGCUGUGUGCGGCGCAGCUGCCAGGACCGGAGAGGGAGGAGUUGCGCAGGAAGUUGGAGCCCGGAUAUAAGGUCGGGUGUAAGAGGGUUAUUAUCUCGGAUGACUACUUCCCCGUGUUUAUGAGGGAGAAUGUGGCGUUGGAGACGGGGGGAAUUGAGAGGAUUUCGGAGAGGGGGGUGGUCGUGGAGGGGAAGGGGGAGGAGGAGGUGGAUUUGAUUAUCUUGGCGACGGGGUUUCGCACCGUCGAGUUCAUGCAUCCGAUCCGCAUUGUGGGCAAGGGGGGGAGGACACUGGAGGAGGUGUGGAAGGAGGGUGGACAGGCGUUGUAUGGUGUCAGUGUGGAGGCGAUGCCGAACUUUGGGAUGUUGUAUGGACCGAAUACGAAUUUGGGGCACAACAGCAUCAUCCUCAUGAUCGAGGCCCAAUCCAAGUACAUCAACGGGCUGAUCAGCGAGGUCCUUGAGGCCCGCACCGUCGGCAAGACACUGGCCAUCACGCCGCGGGAUGCCCGGCUGGCCGAGUUCAACGAGGAGAUCCAGACCGAGCUCAACGCUUCGUCCUUCGCGGACCCGAACUGCAACUCGUGGUACAAGCGCAAGGACAACGGCAAGAUCACGCAGAAUUGGAGCAGGAAUGUGAUUGACUACCAGAAGAUUCUGAGCAAGAUUGACUGGAGUGACUAUGACUUGGAGGGGUCUGGAGCUGAGAAGUUGAAGGGGGACAAGGCUGGAAGCAAGCAGCUGGGACGGGUGGUGGAGGAGACGGUGGUGAGCUAUCAGACUAUGGGCCUGACAGCUCUGGGGAUUGCGGCGGUGGGCGUGGGUGCUCUGUUGAGGAACUCGGGGAGGUUGAGACUGAGGUAG